UCUGUUGGUAUCCAGAUGUACCAUUUGUAUAAUUUUUGUUUGUCUUCCGUUUUUAAUUCAAUAUGGCAUCAGUAGAAGAGCCUGCAAUUGUAAAACAACCAAGUGGCUCGCAAAAGGUUUUGAACGCGAUUGCAUUACUUAAUGAACGUACCGGUUCGUCGGUUGCGGCUAUAAUGAAGUAUAUGAAGGCAAAUGGUCACGAAGUGGCCAACGAAAAACGGCAACGAGCAUCUAUACUGAAGUUGCUCAAACAAGCUGUUGAGGCUGGGCAGGUGGAGCGUGUGAAGAACUCCUUUAAAUUGUCGACGGAGCACAAAAAGACCAUAAAGUCUAUCGAGAAAAUGAAAGCCCACGCAGAGAAGAAAAAAGCCAAGGCCCAGGCUAAAAAAGACAAUAAAAUAGUAAAAACUACAGUAAAGUCUUCGACAAAGGCUGAGCGGAUGACAAAAGAGCCAGUCAAAAAGAAGACUAAGCCGGGAGAUAGUACCAGCGCCAAGGCCAUUGCCGGAGCUGCAGCUCAGGAUGCUCUUGCAAAAAGAUUGAUUGAAGGCGAAAAUGAAACCGCGACACCGAAGCAGCCAAAGAAAAAAAAAGAGAAUGGUGCCAGCUCCAAAAAGGCGAAGGCCGCGAAUGAGAACACCGGAAGUAAAUCCGCUCAAGGUGGAGGUAAAUCACAUCCCACAAAUAAACCUCGCAAGUCGAUCGGCACCUUGGCUCAGCCCAUGAGCAAGAGUAAGAUGUCACGCAAGUCGCUGAAAAAAUUAAUAGCCGGCAAACCUGUCCUAAGCGAUGAAGAUUCAUAGUCUCUCAACGCACUUAUGUUUACCAACAUUUAUUUAUUUCUUGUAAUCAUUUUUAUGAAUAUUUUAUAUGUUUGAAAACA